AUGAAGGUCUUUUCAAACGCGGUGACCUUUAACUACUCCUGGGAGGAGGUCUCCGCCGCCAACUGGCGGAAAUACUGCCCUUGGAACGACAAGACGACGCACGUGAUCGCCGUCGAUACCAUCAACCGGAGUGUCGACCCGGCGACGGGUAUCCUCCGCACUGAGCGCCUCAUCACCUGUAAGCAGUCCGCGCCCAAAUGGUUUGCCUCGCUCGUCGGUGGCGCCAGCGCUGGCGGCGACCCGGACGUCUCGCAGGUUUUUGAGACGUCUUACGUCGACCCGGCCAAGAAGACCGUCACCAUGGUCUCUCAGAAUCUCACCUUCUCCAACCUCAUUUCCGUUCAGGAGUCCGUCGUCUACAAGCCCAUUAGCGCCACUCAGACCCAGUUCGUCCAGGACGCCCAGAUUACCGCUCUUUGCGGCGGCUGGCAGCGUAUCAAGAACGGCAUCGAGGACCAGUGCGUGUCCCGCUUCCGCGACAAUGCCCAGAAGGGCAAAGAGGGCUUCGAGAUGGUGCUGGCCAUGAGCAGGAGGGUGUUCGCCGAGGAGCGCGAGCGCGAGAUGCGUGUUCGCCAGGGCAUUGCGGCAUAA